CAGGAUUACAGCACCAGAUGUGUUGCCACAGAAACAAUUUAAAGCAAGAAGGAACUGCAAGCAAAUUGUCUUUCUAGAGAAAAUGCAGAACUCCAGUUCUGGGUGUGGAAGGAAUGCAGAGCUCGGCCUCGCGCUUGUGUCUGCACAGGUUAGACAUGAACUCGCAGUGUGAAGUUUGGAUCUGAAUCUGUAUCUGUGUUUCACUGGAAGCCCACAGGGUGGCCAGUUUUGUCAAGUGCCACAAUCCUAUUCUGCAAGAGUGGUCUCAAUCAUAGAAGGUGGUAGACUUACUGACUGGCGAUCAUGUCAGUCAAACUGACGUUCGUCUCUCCUGGUGAUGGGAGUGGUAUCAGCAGGAGUUGUUCCUUCACUGGAUUCAGCACUGUGCAAAGCAGAAAAUUAGCAAAGUCUCUCAGCCGGAGUUCAGUGAGAUCAAGAAUGUCACUGAGAUCCCCCAAGGCUUACAAUUCCCUGCAGAAGGGGGCAGUCAUCUGGGAUCCAAAGCCACUGCAGGUGAAGAAAAUUUUUGAAGCUUUGAAGAAAGGACUUAAUGAAUACCUGGAAGCACAUCAGGCUGAAUUGGAUUAUCUCUCUGGUCGCCACAAAGACACAAAGAGGAACUCCAGAUUGGCUUUCUACUAUGAUCUGGAUAAGCAAAUCCGCUCUGUGGAGAGAUACAUCAGAAAACUGGAGUUUCACAUAAGCAAGGUAGAAGAACUCUAUGAAGCUUAUUGUAUCCAGUGCAGACUACGAGAUGGGGCCACUAAUAUGAAACAUGCCUUUUCCUUGUCUCCUUCGACCAAAGCCUCCAGAGAGAGCCUAGUGGAGCUUUACAAGAACUUCCAAGAGUGCACAGAGGACAUGUGCUUUAUAGAAGCAGCCUUGGAGGUUCAUCUGGGAGAGUUUCACUUGAAGAUGAAAGGGUUGGUGGGCUUUGCACGUCUCUGUCCGGGGGACCAGUACGAGGUUUUUGUGCGACUGGGGCGCCAGAAAUGGAGGUUGAAAGGCAAGAUUGAGACUGAUGACAGCCAAACAUGGGAUGAGGAAGAAAAGAUUUUUAUACCCACUCUCCAUGAGAAGUUUGAAAUUAAGGUGACAGAGCUGCGAGGACUGGCCACUAUUUUAGUUGGUGUCGUGACAUGCGACAGCAUAAACUUCUUUACAACCAAGCCUCAGGCAAUCGUUGUGGACAUAACUGAGCUGGGCACCAUCAAGUUACAGCUGGAGGUUCUCUGGAACCCCUUUGAUACUGAGAACUUGUUUUUGUCACCUGGAACCACUGCCAAAUUUUCUGUGGGUAGCAGGAAGAGCUCAUUAUACAACUGGACCCCACCAAAUACUCCCAGCUUCAGAGAAAAAUACUACCUGUCUGUUUUGCAACAAAGGCAAAGCCAAGGGGAUGUAAUUGAUGAAGCUCAGCCUCCCAGCAUAUUGAGCUACUUGGCUGCCUGUGAUUUUGACAUGCAUGGAAGGAGCAGUCUUCACAAUCCUGCAGAGACUAGUGAGGCCGACUCGUUCAGCUCUGAGGAUCAGAAAGGGACAGAAUCCAGAAAUACAACUCCAGCUCUAGACCAUGGGAUGUUGCCAUCGGUGAUUAUUCAAGAGAUUUGUGCAGAAGAGCGACAGCAUCCUCUUCCAAAUCACACAACUCUAGAUAUCCUGAAGAAGACUCCGUGUGUGGAUGGAUUUCCAAGUAACCCAUCUAGUUUUCUGAAUCGUCACAAAGCUAGUAGAGAUUCUUUCAACCAGACCAAAAAUCGCCGUCUGACAGAGCAAGAAGAAAGUAAGAAAAGCCUGAAUUCUGCAAAUGACCUAAAACUAGAUGGGCAUACAAAGUCAAUUGAUAAGACUCUCCAAGAAGUGUUAAAUUUGCUGAAAUUACAUGAUGUGGGGCAAGCCCAGCUGGAGAAAUUGGAAUAUCAGGUUUCAUCUCUGAGGGAUAAAUUAAAGCUAAAGACAGUUCACCACAAACAUUCAUCUAUGGAAAGUUUAAUGGUGGAGACAGUGCUGGAAAGUUUUGACUUUUUAAAUGCUGAUUGUAGUGCUGAUGAGGUCUCAUUGUUUGGAAGCAUAAGAACAGCCAGUACCAGCACGUACAAUGACAACGCACUUCAGUCCCUGAGCUGUGACAUGAGAACAGAAACAAGAGAUGUAACUACUGGCGAUGACAACUUAGACACACUUUUGAUAACCCAUCUAAAGCUGUGCAAAGGUCUUUUGCAGAGACUGAAGUCACCAAAUGUAGCCCAGGUUGUCCAGGAGAGCAUUUUGGAAGAAGUGUCGGAGCAGACGCGAGUGCUGGGUGAUGUCUUGGAUAUGUCUGUUGAAGAAAUUGUUCAGAAGACUAAGAAGAAGAAGCACUAUCUGAAGAUGUGGAGUGAUCUUGCAGAGCCUGGCAGCAUCUUGUUUGCUUCAGCAGAAAGAUUCCGUCAUGCACUAAAAUACACAUUGACGCUCAAAGUGAAGGAAAAGUACCCCGGUCAAUUAGAAGCAGUGUUGCAGAGGCUGCUGGAGCAGAUCAUCACCUGUGACGGGUUGCUCCCCUCUCUGCACCUCCAAACAGAACCAGUUACUUUAUUCCAAUUUUAUAGCUACCUGGAGAAACACCACAUUACCAGCCUGGAGAAACACUUUGGAAAGCUUGCUAGAGAAGUGAUGCUGAUUGAGGAGCUACAGUGCCCUGGGCGGCUGAAGACUCUUAAGAAAUUGAAAGGGAAGCGACUGAACAAACUCCAACCCCUACCGCAGACUUUACGGCUACUUGGGAUUUUACAGCUAGAUGACAACCACCGCGUCAGCAAAGCAGCCACAUCCUGCCUCUCCCAUGCAGCAGCAAACAGGAACUUCAGGGAAAAGGCUGUCUUUUUUUACACUGAUGUUUUAGCUAACUGUGAUGCAAGACUUCAGCAAGCUGCAUGUUUGGCCCUUAAAAACCUCAGAGGCAUUGAGAGUAUUGAGCAGGUUGCCCACCUGUGCCAGUCGGAAACAGAGGAAGUUAGGAAUGCGGCCAGGGAGACGACGCUAUCCUUUGGUGAAAAGGGAAGGCAAGCCUUUGAGAAAAUGGACAGGAUUUGCUGUGAGUUAAGAGGAACUAUACAAGAGGCUGACAUUGAAAUCACAGUAUUUUAAUAGUGGAAUAAGAGGAGCUGAAUCCUGUUGUCCUCACAACCACAUAUGGGUACCCAAGGAGUUUAUUUCUUUUGUUUAUCAGUGUCUGGUAUACUUAUGCCCUGCUCUAGGCUUGCUGCAUCCUGACAGAGUACAGGCUUAUUUCCAAAGUGGGGAAGAGUUUGCAGUCUGCACUAAGUGGACUGGAAUACAUUUGCUUGUUUGUCUGCACAUGAAAUAAGUGCUGGACAAAUAAAUAUUAGGAACUCUUAGAACAUGGAACCAGGCUGUCACUUAAAUUAAAAUCCCCAUCUCACUGGAAUUAUCUGCCCCUUCUCAAAGUCAAUAUGUUCUGUUUUCCCAUAAAGCAUUUUAAUAAUUUGGCCUUCUCAAAAAGAAGGGAUCGCUUUCCCAAAGUCCCCCUAAAACCUCGCAGACAGCAGGGCAUUGACAUCAACAACUGCCAUCCGCAGUAGAAAAACUGAGCAGCAUUACUUGGUGGUUUCCUUUUCUCGUUCCAUUAAGUUGCUUCAAAAGCCAGUUUCUUCAUAAUCAUCACAGCUUAGGACAGGUUCAGGCAAAGACUGACGGGGAUCUCUGCAGAGUGUAUCCUCGGCCGUUUACAGCAGGAAGGUAGGGAUGGCUCUGAGUAGUUCUGUUUUUUCUUUUAAAUUUGUUCCUUUAGUCCUAGAUCCACACUGCUCAGAAUUGCACACCCAGUGCCAAGCUCUUCCCUCCACACUUUUGUAACGUAGUGGAAGGGUCGCCCUAAAGAGGGGCCUGACUUCAGGUGAAACACUUGAAAGGGGGUGGCUUAUGUGUGUAUAUAUUUUUUUAUAUGUACAUUGCUUUUCUAUUCAAUAUUUAUUUGUUGGAUUUCAUACUAUUUUCUAAAAUUCUAAUAAAACAUUUGAAACACUUGCAGGAAGUUA